GAGCUCGUGCAGUAACGGCCAGGUACGCGAGCGUCCUGCCUCCGUGAACACGCAGCCACCGCGGCCUUAACGAGCGCUGGACCGAAAAAAUAGCUGAUUUUUUCGCAAACCCGCAGCCAUGGCGGCUGAGACGGAGAAGGUCGAGCCCGCGGACAGCGAGCAGGAGGAGGAGGUGGAGGAUGUGUACGAAGUGGAGCGGAUCAUUGACAUGCGGGUGGAGGAGGGUGAGGUGCUCUACAGAGUCCGUUGGAAGAACUACUGUUCGGAUGAUGACACCUGGGAGCCAGAGGCCCAUUUGGAGGACUGUCGAGAGGUCCUCUUAGCCUUCAAGAAGUCCAUGGCUGAGAUCAAGGCCAAGAAGGAGGCAGAAGCCAAAAAGAGUGUGAAACUGCUGCCCACAAAAAGUGAUGUGUUCGAUGCUGACUCAGAGAGCGACAGUGACAAAGACCGUCCGACUGAUGCACCCGUCAAGAAGAAGAAGAAAAAAAAGACAAAAAUCCGGGAAGAGGAAGAAGAGGAUGAGCCACCUUCGAAAGAGAAAAAGAAGAAGAAGAAAGACAAACGGAAGGAGGAUUUCAGGCCUCUACCGGCACCAGAGACGGAUGAAGAAGAGGAGAGACCCCCGACUCCUUCCUCUCCUCCCAAGGAGAAAAAGACUGAUUUAAAAAAGCGGCUGGUUGACUCUGAAGAAGAGGACGAUGAGCCCGUUCCCUCCAAAAAACACAAGAAGGAAAAGGGAAAAGAGGGAGGAAAGCAUAAGAAAGAAAAAAGAGAGGAGGGGAAGAAAAAGAAAGGAAAGAAGGAAAGGAAGAUUGAAACCUCUGAGGAUGAGGCUACUGCACCUUUGGAAGACGAACCGACGAGCGACGGGCAGUCGGAGUCCCAAAUGGACGAUUCUACGUCAACUGAUAAUGCGCCAAAGUCCGCCGAAAAAGCACGUUUGGACGACAAGUCCAAGCAAAAGAAGGGGAAGUGGGAGGUAAAGCUGCAGGGCCUCAUACAUGACAAAAAGAGCAAAAAGACAGAAGCCGCCCAGAAAGAAAGCAGCCUCCAAAAAUUAAAGAGCCUCACCUCUAAAGUCAAAGAGGACGCUGCCCUUCACUCAGACUCCAGUGACAGCUCCACCCUGCACAAGAAAGCAAAGAGCAAAGGGCAGGACAGCACGUCGGCACCACCCAAAGUCCCGUCUUCUUCCACGUCCUCCUCGUCAUCCUCGUCGUCUGUCACCGCAGCUGGCAGCACAAAGGUUAAGGAGGAUGAGGUGCCUAAAGAGGAGGUUUUGGGACCAAAGGACGCCACGGGCUCCACAAACCUGUUUGAGAAAUUCCUGUUGAACUGUGAAGCCAAGGACCGCGCCCCCCGCAGGCCGCCGGUGCAUCAGCCCCCGCCAGAGAAGGUGGUCAUUAGCAAACCCACAAAGCUUAUAGGAAAGAUCGAAAAGAUCCCCAAGACAACCAAAGAGUCUCCAGCCCAGAAACCAGAGCCUGAGAAGACAGAGAAGACCAAGCAAUCAGAUGUCUCCAGAGCUGGCCAGAGUUAUGGCUUCAGCCUGGACAGCGAUGAGAGGGAUGCAGAGGAGCCAACGGCAAAGCAGAAGCCUGGAGACGAUUCCCGGGAGCGGAAGGAGAGGUCAGAGGAGGCGCAGCGGCCGGGCUGGGAGAGGAAGACCCCAACAGAUGACAGGAGGAGGAGGAGAGAGGACAGUGAACCCAGACUCUUCAUGGCAUGUGAUGACAAUCAGGACAUCCAGGAUCCACCAGAGAGCGCUGACAAAUCUGACAAGGGGCAGGCCACGUUAAGUCUAGGAAUGGACUUAAACCUGGACUGGAUGACUCUGGAUGAUUUCCAGAAACAUCUGAAUGGGGAGGAUGAAAUCCUAUCGGGUCCGCCAUUAUCACCCAGUGAGUUGCGGGAUGCUGUGAAAAGUGGAGAUUACAUGGCUGUUAAAUUGGCACUAAAUUCCAAAGAGGACUACAAUCUGGACCAAGAGGAUGUCAGCGGCAUGUCUCUGAGCAUGCUGGCAGCAGCAGGAGGGCAGGACGACAUCCUCAGGCUGCUGAUAAAGAAGGGGGUGAGGGUGAACGGAAAACAGAAGAACGGCACCACGGCGCUGAUGCACGCCGCUGAAAAGAAUUUCUUGACGACCGUUGCUAUCCUGCUGGAGGCGGGCUCCUACGUCAACGCUCAGAACUAUGGCGGGGAGACGGCACUGAUGAAGGCGUGCAAAAGAGGGAACGCUGACGUAGUGCGCCUCCUGCUGGAGUACGGAGCGGACUGCAACAUCCUGUCCAAACACAAGAACACGGCCAUGUACUUCGCCAAGCUCAGCAACAACCUGAUGGUGUGCGACCUCAUCAAGGACCACAUCAGCAUGCUGUCCAGUGUUGCGGAGGACACCAUUCGAGCGUACUUUGAGUCUCGUCUGGUGCUGCUGGAGCCCGUCUUCCCUCUGGCCUGCCACAGGCUGUGCGAGGGACCCGACUUCUCCCUGGAGUUUGGCUUCAAGCCACAGCAACAACAACCAGAGGGCUCGGGUAUCAUCCUCUUCAUCUUCCACGCUAAUUUCCUGAAUGGGAUCACCGCCCGGCUCUGCGGACCCUGCAGCGUUCACGCCGUGGUGCUCAACGACAAGUUCCAGCUGCCCAUCUUCCUGGACAGUCACUUCAUCUACUCCUUCAGUCCGGUUCCAGGCAUCAACAGAGUCUUCAUUCGUCUCGCAUCAGCACCAACAGCCAAGGUCAAGCUCCUCAUCUGUGCGUACAGAGUCCAGCUGCAGUGAUCAAAGUUUACACAAAGCCUGGCCUACACAAAAAACACGCACGUAAAUACUGAGCAGCAGCUGAAGAGCUCUGCAGAGGUUAUUGUCGUUGAAGAGAGGAAACGCUUGUCGGAUCUUCGUCACCAUGAAGUGAAAUUAAAUGCUGGUUUCCUCUGACGUCAGUAAGAAUUCUCAAACUGAUGAUAUCUGAAUCGUGUUCUGCGUUGGCCUACACGUGCAGCGCAAAUCUGAGGAUGUCGAGAGUUCGAUUAAGUCGCUGAGUAACCCUCGAGCAGCCCGUCCGAUCGUUAGUGAAACCUUCGCCACUCCGCAGCCUUCAGGUGUGAGGAGGCCGACAGAAACUCCCUCCUUUCUCUCUUUGGAGUAACUUUCAAAACCGAAACCCUCCUUGGUUGUGCCUUUCUCCCCCGAGUCCCUCCUUCUGUCAGCGUGGAUACGGUAGAUGCGUGUGUUUUUGGUAAACCUAGCUUGUGUGUGUGUGUGUGUGUGUGUGUGUGUGUGUGUGUGUGUGUAGACUAAAGCAAGUUUUUUGGGUGCAUUUGAAGAACAUCAAUAGGGGAUUUUUUAGCACAUUUUUUAUCAAUUUUUUUCUUGGACCAAGCUCUCCCACUCACGUUGGUUUGAUAACACAGUACUUUAUAAUGGACUUUUUCAGUGAAAUAAAGAGGUAUUUGGGAUUUUUUAAAUGUGGGGUUAUAUGAGGUGUAUCACCUACGGCAGAUGGAGCAGUUUGGAGAAGCAGACAGGAGCACUGAUAUGAAAACCAGUCAAUAAACUGCUGUGGACGCAGGCAGCAGCAAAACAUAUUUUAGGCACCUAAAAUAUAUAUUUCAGUUUAAGUGAGCGCUAUAUUUAGAAUAUAUUUUUACUUGCUUUUCCUUAGCAUCAGACAGCAGUUUCUGACUGUGAGCUAAAGCAGUUUUAUCGCUCUCUUGUAAGCCAGAAUCCAUUGAGUGAAACUGUUAUUUAACCCUUCGAAACCUUGGCAAUUGAGCUUGAUUUCUUUCAAAAACUCCUCUGUGACUCUGCCCGCAUGUUUGCAGCUACCUGUACCAAAGAGUGGGAAAAGUGUAAAAGCUUUAAAAUCCAGAGCGCUCACUCCACAUCAGAAUCUGGGGACUAAAACUCCCCCAAAAGUACACCACACAGCUCGCUGACGGGCGAAGAAAAACAAACUGGUCAACUUGAAAGUUUGUGUUUUCAGGCCUCGAAAAUACCGUUUUUGCAACAAAAGUUUAAUGUGUCAAACAGAACUGUUGCUAUGUAAACAGCCUCUCAGUCGACAAAGGGGGCGAUUACUCUGAGACGCGGAGUAAUCGUGUUGGCGGCCCCUCUCUUGCUGCUGUGCGAUGCGUGUUUCUGGCGAUUUUUGUGCACGCAUGAAAGUUAAAAUAUUUUCACCUUUUCUGCUCGAGGCGCGGAGUCGCGCUGCUCAUCAGUGUCACUUUUGAUCUCACGCACGCAGUAUGCACACGCAACCCCCCUCCAGGCGCUCCCGGCUGUUUUUCCAGAUGCUCUUCCGAGGCAUUCAAGGGAAAAUAUUCUAUAUAUAGAGCACACUUACACCAACGCUGAUUUUUUUUCAGGUUGUUAAAAUGUUUGGCUGCUGUCCCGACCACAGCAGCACAUUUAGCUUCUGUGUCAGUGCUCCUGCCUGCUUCUCCAAACUGAGGGCGUGUCGACCGCCAGCGUCUGUAUCCAACACACUGACGAUGGAUAAGUACCUCAUGCAACCCCACUCUAAAAAAAUCAAACUAUCCCUUUAGCCUGUGUAUCAGUGUGCCCCUGUCAUGGUCAGAACUUGUGAACUCUUUCCUAAAGUCAUGAUUUGUUUUGGAUGCAGCAAAGUGGACAAGAAACGGGAAAUUUUUGUGUAAAUUUCCGCACCAAAAUUAGAUAUCAAUUUUGGGUCGUAAGUGCUCGCAAACUUGGAUUCUUAACAUCUUUUUGUUUUACAAAAUCAUAGACCAGUUUGUUGUCAUCGGAGUUACCAAUUUAACAUCUCACUUAUGUGUCCUUAAAUUUGGUGUCGACACAAGUUAACGCGCCAGAAUGAUUCGAUUACAAAGUAAGAUGUUGAGAGUUUUGAAUGAAUGAAGAAAACUUCCUUUUGCCUUCAAUGCACAGAGUUUCUGUUUAUAUUUUCUCGUUUGUACAUAUUAACUUACAAUAUAGAAAUAUAUACAUACAUAUAUACAGUUUUAGCGUCAUCUGAUGACUUUUGUUGCUCUUUUUUGUGCCACUGUAGGAGUGGGUUAAGUUAUUUAGUGUGUACAGUUACAAAAGCUCUGAUGUUUUAAGGGCUAAAAUCGACCCCCUUUGCUCAUUUUGGGGUUUUUUAAUUAGAAAAGUUUUUCUAGUCGCUAGUCUAGAUCGCUGCAGCGUCCAGAUAUUUGUACACAGACAGCAAUUCUGCAGGGCUGCUUAUCAAAACUGGCUCGUCGCUCCUCUUCACUCUCCUCUGACAAUCUUUUUCACCACAAAUUGACUCCAGAUAUUUCUCAUGGCAGCAAUAUUUCUUUAAACAACGUUGUUGAAUUGUUGCAGAUAUUUUUUUUACAGUUUGCAGUUAAAUGAACAGUGUUUGUUUUCAUAAACUCUAAACUGAUGAGGCCUCUUCUUGCUAACUUAAUUUCCAGUUUUCACUUUGUUCUGUCAAAAUUCAAAAGUGAAGGAGGAACCAGUUUUGCUAAUUUUGACUGUUAAACUUAAUUGCUUCUAACUCGAUGUUACACGUGCAGAUCUUGACUUUGACUUUUAAUCCAUCGAUUUCAUCACUGCAGCCAUCUGGCUGCAGUCAUGAAAAUGACGAAAUAUUAGAAAAAUAGCCAAACUACUGCGGUUGCUGCAAGCUGAGACAAUAUGAAUGCCUGUAUUCAGAGCAGUUUGAAUAAAAAUGUAAUGCAGUUAAAGACAUGAAGGGAUUUUGAGACGUGCACAAAUAGCCAUUCAAAAUAUCUUUAAAAUAACAGCUGCAUGUUCACAUUCAGCUGCUUAUAAAAACAAAAACAAGGAAAUGAACUCAAGAAAAACAAAAUGUAUUUACUUUUUUCCCCUUUUUAUUCUGUUACAUCAUUUUAAAUACAUAAUUUAAAGAAUUAUAAAUAUAGUUUUCUGGACAUUUUUUAAUCAUACCUAAUAAUCCCCUCCUGCUAAUUUUCAGCUCAUUUCUUU